GGAGGCAGGAGGACCAGGGCCACGUGGGCCUGGAUAAGAAGAUCUGGAUGGAUAAAUCUCCAGGUUUAAUGUUUUUUUUCUAGGAUUAAUAGCCCCAGCAGCCCGCUUAAUCCCAAAUAAUCCCUGUGAGAGCAGAGCCGGUGAGUAUGAAUCCAUCCCUGUUGGUUUGUUGCCAUUGUUGUUUAGUCUGGAUAUUUGUUUCUGAGGAUGAAUUCAUGUUUUUUGACAUGAACACUACCACAUUUAAUUUAUAUAUCUUUCACAUUCAUUCUCUCUAGAUUGAAUGUUCUGGAUGAAUAUCUUCGUCCUCGUUUCAUAGCUGGUUAAGUGCAACCUUCUCACCUCAAGUCAAGUCAUAUUUUGCUCAUUACUUCCAAAGGAAUUUACUUCUGGGUUCCUUUGUUUUGUUGUGUUGUUUUGGAAUAGUUGUAGAUAAGCAGUGCAAAUUCAGAUCCAAAAUAGCGUUUUUUUUGUAAUAGGUGAAGCAUUUCUGUCACGUGGUCCAAUUUUGAUAAUGAAGACAAUCACUUUUUAACGCAAAAAACUCAAAAUGAUACAUGUGUUUGAAUAUAGUUUUCCAAAAAUUUAAACAUUUCGUUUUUUGAGGCUAGCGGGCUGAACGUAGGCAAUGUGCCAGGGUGAAAGGGACAUGAUUCAUUGAAGGGAUGAAGAACAGGGGAGUGGUUGUGUAAGGGUUGUUGUGGUGAUAGCAGGGUGUAACGCUUCCAUUUCCUUUUCGGUAAACAGAAGAAAAAACACCUGCUUGUUAUACAUCACUUGUCAUAGCAAUAUGCAAACAAGAGUCCUGGCAAGGAAACGUCACCAACAAGUUAACUAUCAUUAUGUUAAAUGUGUGUCUGCAAAGUUGUAGGUCAAUAGAGAAAAACAAAGAGAUGAAUACCUCUUUCACUCGAUAAGAUAGUCAACACACACGCACACACACGCACACACACGCAAGCACGUAUACACACACACAAACACACAUACAAACACACAAACACACAUUUCCUGUGACGUUUCUAUGUGCUGAAACUGAAAACUAACAGAAGAAUAAUUGUUCCUUUUAACAGUUGGAUAUUUGAUACAUGUUGCACAAUUAGCAAAAGUAGGCCUUCUAAGUGUUAAGUCACAUUGUUCCAAGAAGUUGUUACUCUUAUGUAAUAGGAUGGUGUUUUACUUACAACUUAGACUUUACCUUUACCAAUCACGUCCCCAGAUAUACAAACAAAGGGUGUUCAAUCAUAGUGAAAGAAAGUAAUUAAAUACAGAACACAGUUACAGGAUAAUCCAAGAGAACCACAAGGGCCUAGGGAAAAUGUGAUUUAUGUCAAUGCCCUUAAUAGGUGUACCGAGCUGCCCAAAUAUGGUGUUUCCGCUUGUGACGUUUGCGUCAGUGGAAAAAGUGGGUGUCUCCGCGGUUUUCCAGUCGUUGAAUACCCGCCCAUUACCCAGCUGUUAUCAAUGAAAGAAGUGAAACGCUCAUUUUAGGCUAGGUUUAUUCAAGCUGACAAGAAACUCAAACAAAUAAAGAAAAGUACACUUUAGGUUAGAGUGGGCCUUAUUUUCUUUGAUCAGUGUUUGAAAGAGUCAAUCAAACAGUUGACUGACUUUUAAGGACCGUUUUAUUUUGGUUUAUUUUCCAAUUUUCUCAAAAUAGGCCAAUAUAGCUUGCUUUAUAUUUUGCAGGUUUAUUCUAUAUUUCCGUCAUGAUUUCAAACAAUGAGCCGUGGGAAAUAACAGGCAACGAACUGCUUCCAAUUCUCAGAAGUUCGGAGCAGUUUUCUUCUGAGGGCUGCAUGGUGCUUGACUGCAGACCGUUCCUUGCCUUCUCCAAAGCGCACAUACGACAGUCCAGUAAUGUCCACUGGAACUCGCUGCUGCGCCGGCGGUCCAAGAGCUCCGUUGUCUGCCUGGAGUGGUUGAUAGCGGACAAGACGCUUGUCGGAAAGUUACGCCGCGGGGAAUUCUCGCCGGUAGUGGUGGUAGAUGACAACAGCCACCUCAUGGCACAACUGAAGCACGAAAGCCUAGCCAACAUGUUGCUGAGUGCACUAAGAGCAGAGGUCCCUAGAAGCUCUGUGCAGAUAUGUUUCCUAAAAGGUGGAUUUGCGACUUUCGCUGAGGCUUAUCCCGAGCUGUGUUCCACCUCCCCUGGAAGCGGGCCCCCCGCAGCGGAUUCAGAACCCACGGCGCCAGAGCGGAAGACUCCCUCGUAUGAUCAGGAGGGUCCGGUGGAGCUGCUGCCCUUCCUGUUCUUGGGCAGCGCCCUGCACUCGUCUCGCAGGGAGGCGCUGGCGGCGGCGGGCAUCACGGCCGUGCUGAACGUGUCGUCCACCUGCCCCAGCCUGUACGAGGGGGAGCUGCAGUACCUGCGGCUCAACGUGGAGGACAGCCUGCACACAGACAUCCGGGCCUGCUUCUCACAGGCCAUCGCCUUCAUAGACUCUGUGAAGGAGCAGGGAGGCCGUGUGCUGGUGCAUUGCCAGGCGGGAAUCUCCCGCUCCGCCACCAUCUGUCUGGCCUACCUCAUGCACGCCCGCCAAGUGCGCCUGCAGGAGGCCUACGACUUUGUGCAGCAGCGGCGGCGCGUCAUCUCUCCAAACCUGGCCUUCAUGGGCCAGCUGCUGCAGUUUGAGACCGACGUCCUCUGUCGUGGCUGAGACGAUGGGUGGGGGGGGGGGCGUGGUGUGUGUGUGUCCUGUUGGGUUGUACAGAAAUGGUUGAUUUCCAUGCCUGCUUUGUUUUCCCUAAGGGGCUCACGCAGUUGGAAAAGCUGCUUAUGUGGAUGUUGCCACAUAGUAGGUGGACGUGGGGGCCUACUUUUCUCAAGGCCUGUAGCAACCGUUGGAUGACGGGAGAACUGCUGAUGAUGUUGGCCUAUUGCCGUGUGAACCGCAUUGAAGUCAUGGGACUCUGAGCCAGAGGGGAAAUUAUGUUAUUUCUAUAGAAAUUGAGUUCUCUCUUUCGCUCUCGCUCGCUCUCACUCAGAAAAGUUUGUUUGUGUAUGAGUCAUUUUGUUUGGCUUAUGUACCUUACCAAGGGCUGUCUUUGUUUAAUGAUGGACACCUGAAGAUGGUUUGAGUUUCUGGGCAAAUGUACGAUUAAACAACUCCACGCACAAUUGCAUGUUUUUAACUGGGAUUAUAUUUAUUGUUUUAAUUUAUUUCAAAUCCAAGUGACUAUUUGUGACUGCACUUUAUUCGUCAGAAAUUUGUGCUGUAUAGCCGCCAAGUCCCGACAUAUUAAAACAUGCUGUGGGGAAAAGAAA